AUGUUCGAAAUAAGAAUCAAAUAUGAAGAAAUUGAUGAUAUAGACGAACUUAGAAUAUGUUUACGACAAGAAGCUGCAAGAUGGGCAUGUCUUCUUGAUGAUAUCACUUGUACGAAAGAAGCCAACAAUAAAUUAGAACAACAUCUCCAAGAUCUUGAAAAACACAAACUUUUGCCAUGGUGGAAGGAAUGGACAUAUUGUAAAGGUUUGAUGAUAAAUACCAACAAACCGACUUGGGAAUCAGUACAUGUUCAUUUAACUGCAGUAUUAAUUAUUAUUAUUAAUAAUGUAUAUUCCGUAAAUCUUCUAACUGAGGAAAUAAACGAACACGUUAAAUGGUUGAAAGCCUAUGCAAAGAUAUUAUUUGAUGAAAUAAAAGAAAUGGAUUCCAUAAUGCUAAAUUCUGACAAAGCUGAAAACAAGAUAUCAAUUCGCAAAUAUCAAAUCGAAAGACAGAAAGAGUAUUAUAGUCGGUUUUUCUUGUAGUGAAAUUUAAAAAAUUGCAGCUUUCUAUACGUGGAUAUACUUCAUAUGAAUAUUUUUAUAUUGUAUGUAUUAUUUAUUUUACUGCUUUAAUUAUUAUUGUUUUUUUAGAUGUAUUACUAUUCGACGCCUCUGUAUUUACUAAAUUUCAUGAC